UGAAUGGAACGAGAAGCAGAUCCUCCAUCUUAAGCACUGAUGAAGGUGAAGGCAUAGAGGAGUAAGAAGCCCAGCACAGGGAUGACCUUGACCGGGAGUUGUUAGCAACUUGGCAGAGAACAAUGAGAAGUGUAUUUGAGAAAGGUGAAUCCAGAUGAGCUGGGAUGCAAGCGUGAGGAAACAGAAUUGGAAGCAGAAGAGCUGGGACUCAGACCAACACUCUGAUAUGGAAUUGCAAGUGGUGAAUGAACAGCCUGUUCUACACAGUGGGCUCCUGAUUUGUCCCAGCUCCUUGGAAUCACCAACACACAUGCCUUCUCUUCCUCCCGACUACUUCUCGUGGAAUCUGACCUGGACAAUGAAAGAUUCCUUCCCUUUCCUGUCUCAUCGAAGCCGAUAUGGUUUGGAGUGCAGCUUUGAUUUCCCCUGCGAGCUGGAGUACUUCCCUCCCCUGCAUGACCGCGGGAACCAGAGCUGGUCGUGGCGCCGUGUACCACCUGAGGAGGCAUCCCAGAUGGACUUUCUGGAUGGACCCGAGGCAGAGCGCGCCAAGGACAUGCCCAGAGGCUCCUUCCUCCUCCUCAACACCUCAGCUGAAUCCAAGCACACCAUCCUGAGCCCCUGGAUGAGAAGCAGCAGUGAGCACUGCACGCUGGCCGUCUCGGUACACAGGCACCUACAGCCCACAGGGAGGUAUGUGGCCCAGCUGCUGCCCCACAACGAGCCUGGAAGAGAGAUCCUCCUGGUGCCCACUCCAGGGAAGCAUGGCUGGACCGUGCUGCAGGGAAGAGUCGGGCGCCCAGAGCACCCAUUCCGAGUGGCCCUGGAAUACAUCUCCAGCGGGAACCGAAGCCUGUCUGCAGUGGACUUCUUCGCCCUGAAGAAUUGCAGUGAAGGAACGUCCCCGGGCUCCAAGAUGGCGUUACAGAGUUCCUUCACUUGUUGGAAUGCGACAGUACUCCGGCUCGGGCAGGCCUGUGACUUCCACCAGGACUGCUCCCAGAGAGAAGACGAGGGCCACCUGUGCAGUAAACUCCCUACUGGCUUUUACUGCAACUUUGAAGAUGGGUUGUGUGGCUGGACCCAAGACACACUCUCCUCCCAGGGACCUCGGUGGCAGGUCAGGACCAUGAAGGAUGCCCGGUCCCAGGGCCACCAAGAUCAUGCCCUGCUGCUCAGCACCACCGAGGUCGCCACAUCUGAGAGCGCUACCGUGACCAGUGCUACAUUCCCAGCACCAAUGAAGAAUUCUCCAUGUGAGCUCCGAAUGGCCUGGCUCGUCCGCGGAGUCCUGAGGGGAAACGUGUCCUUGCUGCUAGUGGAGAACAAGACCGGGAAGGAACAAAGCAGGAUGCUCUGGCAUGUUCCUCCCAGCAAUGGCCUGAGCCUGUGGCAGUGGGUAGUGUUACCACUCCUCGACGUGUCUGACAGGUUCUGGCUCCAAAUGGUCGCGUGGUGGGGACAAGGAUCCAGAGCCACAGUGGCCUUCGACAACAUCUCCAUCAGCUUGGACUGCUACCUCACCAUCAGCGGAGAAGACAAAAUGCCACCGAAUGCAGAGCCCAAGUCAAGAAAUCUGUUUGAGGGGAUCUCAAACAAGGACUUGAAACCCAGAGAACCUACACCUGGGACCCCCACCUUUGACCCUACAGUUCACUGGCUGUUCACCACGUGCGGGGCCAGCGGACCUCAUGGCCCCACGCAGGCCCAGUGCAACAACGCCUAUCAGAACUCCAACCAGAGUGUGGUGGUGGGAAGCGAAGGCCCCCUGAAAGGCAUCCAGAUCUGGACAGUGCCGGCCACCGACACUUACAGCAUUUCAGGCUAUGGAGCCGCUGGCGGCAAAGGCGGAAAGAACACCAUGAUGCGGUCCCAUGGUGUGUCUGUGCUGGGCAUCUUCAACUUGGAGAAGGACGACACGCUCUACAUACUGGUCGGGCAGCAGGGCGAGGAUGCCUGUCCCAGCACAAACCAGUUAAUUCAGAAAGUCUGCAUCGGUGAGAACAAGGUGAUCGAGGAGGAGAUCCGUGUGAACAGAAGUGUGCACGAGUGGGCAGGAGGAGGCGGCGGAGGUGGAGGAGCCACCUAUGUCUUUAAGAUGAAGGAUGGAGUGCCCGUGCCGCUGAUCAUUGCGGCUGGCGGUGGCGGCAGAGCCUAUGGGGCCAAGACGGACACAUUCCACCCGGAGAGGCUCGAGAACAACUCCUCGGUCCUGGGGCUAAACGGCAAUUCCGGAGCCGCAGGUGGCGGAGGUGGCUGGAGUGAUAACACUUCCUUGCUCUGGGCCGGAAAGUCUUUGCUGGAGGGUGCCACCGGAGGACAUUCCUGCCCCCAGGCCAUGAAGAAGUGGGGGCGGCAACGCAGCCUCAAACAAUUGAUGGAGGGCCAUGGGGAAGUGAAUAUUAAGCAUUAUCUAAACUGCAGUCACUGUGAGAUAGACGAGUGUCACAUGGACCCCGAGACUCACAAGGUCAUCUGCUUCUGCGACCAUGGAACGGUGCUGGCCCAGGAUGGUGUCUCCUGCAUUGUGUCGCCCACCCCAGAGCCCCAUCUGCCGCUCUCACUGAUCCUCUCUGUGGUCACCUCUGCUCUAGUGGCCGCCCUUGUCCUGGCUUUCUCUGGCAUCAUGAUUGUGUACCGUCGCAAGCACCAGGAGCUGCAGGCCAUGCAGCUGGAGCUGCAGAGCCCUGAGUACAAGCUGAGCAAGCUCCGCACCUCGACCAUCAUGACCGACUACAACCCUAACUACUGCUUCGCCGGCAAGACCUCCUCCAUCAGUGACCUGAAGGAGGUGCCACGGAAGAACAUCACCCUCAUCCGGGGUCUGGGCCAUGGUGCCUUUGGGGAAGUAUAUGAAGGCCAGGUGUCUGGGAUGCCCAACGACCCAAGCCCCCUGCAAGUGGCUGUCAAGACCCUGCCGGAGGUGUGUUCUGAACAGGACGAGCUGGAUUUCCUCAUGGAGGCCUUGAUCAUCAGCAAAUUCAACCACCAGAACAUUGUGCGCUGCAUCGGAGUCAGUCUACAAGCCCUACCCCGCUUCAUCCUGCUGGAGCUCAUGGCAGGAGGAGACCUCAAGUCUUUCCUCCGGGAGACCCGGCCUCGUCCGAAUCAGCCCUCCUCUUUGGCCAUGCUGGACCUGCUGCAUGUAGCUCGGGACAUUGCCUGUGGCUGUCAGUACCUAGAGGAAAACCACUUCAUCCACCGGGACAUUGCUGCCAGGAACUGCCUCUUGACCUGUCCGGGCACGGGAAGGGUGGCUAAGAUUGGAGACUUUGGCAUGGCACGAGACAUCUACAGAGCAAGCUACUACAGAAAGGGUGGGUGUGCCAUGCUGCCAGUUAAGUGGAUGCCCCCAGAGGCCUUCAUGGAAGGAAUAUUUACUUCCAAAACAGACACCUGGUCCUUCGGAGUGCUGCUGUGGGAAAUCUUCUCCCUCGGAUACAUGCCGUACCCCAGCAAAAGCAACCAGGAGGUCCUGGAGUUUGUCACCAGUGGAGGCCGGAUGGACCCGCCCAAGAACUGCCCCGGGCCUGUAUACCGGAUAAUGACUCAAUGCUGGCAGCAUCAACCUGAAGACAGGCCCAACUUUGCCAUCAUCUUGGAGAGGAUUGAAUACUGCACCCAGGACCCUGAUGUGAUCAACACCGCCCUGCCCAUUGAAUACGGGCCCCUGGUGGAAGAGGAAGAAAAGGUGCCCAUGCGGCCCAAGGACCCCGAGGGCGUCCCUCCACUGCUGGUGUCUCCAGCCCAGGCCACGCGGGAGGAGGUGCCCGCCCCAGCCGCGCCACCUGCUCUGCCGGCCACUUCCUCAGGUAGAGUCGCCAAGAAACCCGCAGUGGCCGAGGUCCCCGCCCGAGGCCCUAGAGGGUCAGCCAUGGAGGGGGGACACGUGAACAUGGCCUUCGCCCAGUCUACCGUGCCGUCAGAGCUGCCCAAGGGCCAGGCGUCCAGAAACAAGCCGACCAGCCUGUGGAACCCGACCUACGGCUCAUGGUUUACCGAGAAACCCGCCAGAAAGAACAAUGCCCUGGCCAAGAAGGAGCCGCAGGACCGGGGGCACCCGGGGCAGGAGGGAAGCUGUACUGUCCCGCCGGGCGGUGGUGGCAGCGGCGGUGUAGCCCCCGGCCGCCUCCCGGGGGGCUCCCUGCUCCUGGAGCCGGCGGCGCUGACUGCCAGCAUGAAGGAGGUGCCGCUGUUCAGGCUGCGCCACUUCCCGUGCGGGAAUGUCAACUACGGCUACCAGCAGCAGGGCUUGCCGCUCGAGGCCGCCGCUGGCCCGGGGGCCGGCCGCUACGAGGACCCGAUGCUGAAAGCCAAGGGUAGCGGCAAGCAGCCUGGGCCCUGAGCCCACCCGCCCUGCACCACUGCUGUCUCGCUCUCUCGCGCGCUCUCUCUCUCUCUCUCUCUCCCCCCUCUCCCUUGGGCGCCCCCCAGCCCAGCCGAGCAGGGAGGGGACAGACACACAAAUCCUCCACCCAAAGACCAGACAGUCACUUUCCAUUUCGUGCCAACUUGUUCUCAAGUGCCACAUCCAACGCUGUAUUCUCGAGAUGCUUAAGAAAAGUUGGAGCAUGGGUCCAUCUCUCCUAAGUCGUUCCUUCAUUUGGAAAGAGAACAGAACGGCCAGCCCCGGAUCCGGUUGCCCGAGGCUUCCAUGCAUGGUUGUUGUUCACCCCGCUAUGCUGCUUCCAAACUGUGUGUGUGCUCAGCUUCAAUGUAGUCCCAAUUAGCUGCUUUCUUCUGUGUUCCAUAGCUGGAGUCUUAGCUGUCACCUUC